CCAUCGUGAUGAGUGGAUGUAUGUCGUUCGGUGUUAAGUGAUACUAGCUCCAGUUCUUAGCAUUCUUGGCAUGCUUCGUCCUGUGGAGAGUUCAGUGGUUGUGCAACCGAAGUAUAAGAGAACAGUGAUAGGUUGCUUUAUCAUUUAACAAUGUUUUUUUGGCUGAUGUUGCCGCUGUUGCCGCUGCUGCUGCUCACGGCUGCCGCAGCUGACCCCCCUGUUUGCGGCCUGCGCAGCGCGACGCCCGUCAUCGUCUUGGACCUGCCGGAGAGCCUCGGAGGACAGACGGACCAGCAGACAGACCCCGCCGAGUUGCCGCUGGUGGGGAAGGUUGGGGAGGAGAUCCAGCUGAGUCUGUCCCCAGAGGGCGGGGAGUUCUUCAACCUGACGGGGAAGCGGCUUCGGCUGCUGCAGCCCCUCGACAGGGAUGCGGGAGACCUAACGACCCUCAGGUUUACCGUCGUGUGUCGGGCGCUGCGUGCGGACGCGGACGGCGUAGUAAUACAGCGCAGCGUCCCUGUUGUCGUACGCGUCGUCGACCGCAACGACAACGAGCCCCGCUUUGUGGGCGCUCCUUACGUCAUCACCGUGCCAGAGUCCACGCCCGUGGGGGCGACGGUCUUCAAGGGGCUGCUGGCCACCGACGCAGACCACGGGGCUAACGGGCAGAUCAGGUACUCAGCUGUACCAGGUACAGGGGGGCCCACGGACGGCUAUGGUACCCUGGGGGUGGCGCUCCCCCACGUACCACACGUCACGGUACUCGCCCCCCUCGACUACGAGGCCUCCAGGGUACUGGUACUCAACGUCCAGGCCACGGAUGGGGAGCGGACCAGCCUCACGACCCUCACGGUCCACGUGGAGGACAGCGACGACCAGAACCCCCUCCUCCUCCCCUCCCCCUGCUGGCCUCCUCCCUCCAAGGUCCCUCCACCGGACUGCACCCCGCCCCAGUACAGCGCGACGGUCGUGGCGGGCCAACGGGCCGGUCUGCUGGACGUCCUUCCCGAGCGAAUACGGGCCGUAGACCAGGACACCCAAGGGGCGGGGAUGCGGUACUCGUGGGCGUCAGGGACGCCGUCGUCCUUCCGUCAGUUCUUCGCCGUGGACGCCACGACGGGCGCCGUCAGCCAGCUGGCGCCCGUCCCCCGGGGGAUGGCGGACGUCUUCCUGCUCAGCGUCAGGGUACGUCUUCCUGCUCAGUGUCUGGGUACGUCUUCCUGCUCAGCGUCAGGGUACGUCUUCCUGCUCAGCGUCAGGGUCCCGGUACUGCACGCCUCCGACGGUACCGGUACCGUGCCUGAGAACUCCGCCCCCGGUACCCCGGUACUGACCGGGACCGGCGCCCCCCUCACCCUCACCGUCUCCGACCCUGACCAUUUGGGGGACGAGAACCCCCCACUCUAUCAGUUCGAGCUCACGACGGGAGCGUUCAAAGUCACCCCCGCGGGGGUGCUGGUCGUGGCCGCCCCCCACCUGGACCGCGACCCCCCCAACACCCCCACCCACUUAUUGCAAAUAAGCUGGAAUAUUAGCUGCAAUAUUAACGGGAAUAUUGCGAUGGACCGUGGGGGGCUGCGGGGGGCGACGCUCCUGGAGGUGCGGGUGGCGCGGGGGCCCAACUCUGGGGGACCCUACUUCCCCCGCCGCUCCCUCAGCGCCCUCGUGCCCGAGGACGCUCCUCCGGGGGCGCCUGUCAUCACCCUCAAGGCUGUGGACCCCGACGGGGAUGUCCCCCGCUAUAGCCUGCACCCCAUGAAGGGGGACACGAGCCCCCCUCACCCCCCACUCCCCUUCACAAUAGACCCUCUGAGUGGGGAAGUCUCCCUCGCAGCCCCACUAGACCGGGAGGCUAAAGCAACAUACUCAAUGAUCGUGACGGCCGAGGACGACGAAGGGCUGCGCGGGUCCGUCACUCUGGACGUGACGGUCACGGACGUUAAUGACGUACGGCCGACGUUCCUAGACGAGCCGUACUCCUUCAGGGUCCAGGAGGGUCAGGACGUCACGUACCUGGGCACCGUCAGGGCGCGGGACGGGGACGAGGGCAGGGCGGGGGUGGUGCAGUUCUCGGUGCCCCCCAAUUCCCCCCUCUCGGUGGCACCCCUUAACGGCUCCCUCCACACCACCCGCCCCCUCGACUACGAGCAGCAGCAGGUGCACUAUGUGGUGGUGACGGCCACUGAUGGUGGUCGUCCUCCGCUGUCCGCCACCACGACCCUCACCCUCCUGGUGGAGGACGUGGGGGACGAGCCCCCCACUUUCCCCCAGGAGGUGUAUGACGUCACUGUGGGGGAAGACACCCCCGUUGGGGGACUGGUCACCACAGUCCAGGCCGUAGACCCCGACUCCUCCCCCACCAUCACCUACGUCCUCAAGGGGGUCGCUCCUCCACAGGGGUCGGGGCUGUUCGGUGUGGACGGGACGACGGGACGCGUGACGGUGAUGGCGCCCCUGGACAGGGAGGUGCUGGGGACGGUCGUCCUCACG